AUGUCUGACAUCUCCGAGGAGGAGUUGAAGUACCUUGCGGAAAACGCAGACCGCCUCGUCCCUUACUGUCCGCCUGGAUACUUCGCUCGCAUUCAAGCCGAGGCCCUCGCCGCCCGCGAGCUCAAGAAGAAGGAGGAAGAGAAGGAGAACGAGGAGGAGGAGGAAGAGGAGAACAACAACAAGAAGAAGAAGAAGAAGGACGAGGUGAAUAAUGACGAGGAGAAGAGCGACGAGGAGGGCAACGAGAACUGGGAGGACGAUGACGAGGAGAACGAAGGCUGGGAGAGCGAGGAGGAUGAGCACGAAGACUGGGGAGGGUAUCCAAAUGAAGGCCUUCCCAUUAUCUUCCACCUCUCUCACUUCGACUACGACAAGGACGGAAAUCUCGUGCCUCGUGUGGGACCCAAGACCCUUGCCCUGUAUUACGACGAAGAAACCGGAGACUACGUUGGCGAGGUGAUCGCCAAGGUCGAGCCGCAGGAGGUCGAGGAGCAGGAAGCCAAGCAGCAGACGGCCAAGGAGCAGAAGAUCGAGCAACAUAAUGUUGAGGAACCCACGAAGCAGCCCUACUCCAAGCCUGCUCCCCAGCGCAAGCCGAGAACCAACCUCUCCCUCCCCAAGCCGAUCCCCGCCUUCCCGGGAUACAAGAACCCCGACCUCCGAAUCAAAGAAGACUGGACCUUGCCCAUCGACCAGGUCGACUGGAAGGCACUUCACUAUCGCGAGGUCAUGCGGUCCAGAGAGAUGGGCGAGUGGCAUCGCUCCCAGUACAGGCUCGCCGUGAAGGACUGCAAGAAGGCCUGGAAGAAGGCAUCGCAGCGUCUGAAGGAGGGUCGCGGCGUCGUCAUGACGGAGGUUGUUCAGGAACCCGACCAGCUGGAGAUUUGA